CCCAGCUGAAGAUAAAUGCCCCUGGCUUCCGCGACACAUGGAGCCAAAACACUUUUCGUUCUGGCUGUAUUGUGUGGUCUGGUGUCCAGACAGACAGAUCCAUAGUUUGAAGCGAGUUCUUUGCUCCUUUAUACAGAUAUCAUGGACCACUUCUCAGCCUUCUCCGAUGCCCCCCAGCUAGCAUCUGGGGUUAGUGUACCCCAGGAUUAUGAAUUAUACCCUUGCGAGUAUGAGGUCUAUACGGACCCCACGAUGAGCCAACAUCCUUCAGGCUUCCCACCUCAUCUCACGCCAGACACCAUGUCCAUGAAAGGCCUCUAUCCCACAUCCGAUAUGUCCUGGACGAGCACGGUAGAGGAUCUUGAGGCAGUCACCCCGGGGUUUUCAUCCCCCUGGGGCAGCGAGCUCGCAUCUCCCCCGGCGCUGGAGAGUCCGAAGUGUGGCACCUCCAACUGGAUGAACAUGGGAUGUUAUAUGUCCCCUCCUUACGCCUGUGACGAUGUCGUGAUUCCGUCGUCCGCCUAUGAGCCGUGUGCUUCACCCGCGGUUGUUGAUUACCUCGUGACGCCCUCUCAAAUAUACCCUGAACCCGAGCCCAUCGUGAAGGUUGAGCCCGAACUAGCCAUCCCCAACACACAUGCCUCCUUUGCGUAUCAAGGGAUCUUCUCGCCCGGCGAUACCGAAUUCAUAGACGGGACGUCUGGCUGUGGCCAGUCGAUCGAGCAAGAGGAGCAUGUCGCUUGUGACUCGCCGAAAAUCCAAGCCAAGCCACGAAAACCCGCCCAAACCGGCCGUGGUCGCAUCGGCAAACGACCUCGGAAGCCAUCCACCAGACCGAAACCUACUUCGACCGCUCGUGCUGGCUCGAAACUUGGCGCAAAGAAGAGUACUCCAGCCCCCAGCCGAGUCUAUACCUGCAGCUUUUCGCACUACGGCUGCCCCAGCACAUUUGUCUCCAAGAACGAGUGGAAACGCCAUGUGAUCUCCCAGCACAUUCAACCCGGAUUCUUUCGAUGCGACGUGGGGCGCUGCAGUCUGGACAAUCUCAGCAAAGAGAGGAACCUCCACCCAUCACCCGACGUUCUUGCCUACAACGAAUCUCACCUGGUCAACGACUUCAACCGCAAAGAUCUCUUCACUCAGCACCAACGUCGCAUGCACGCUCCUUGGGUGUGUCGAAAUCGGAAGACCCCCGAGACGGAGGAAGAGCGAGAGGCGUUCGAGCAGAGUCUGGAGGCUGUGCGGGUUCGAUGCUGGCAUGAACAGCGUCAGCCGCCUCUUCACAGCCAAUGCGGUUUUUGUGGACAGAAUUUUGUUGGCGCACAGAGCUGGAAUGACCGGAUGGAGCAUGUUGGUCGCCACUACGAGGCGGGCGACCCUGAGAACGAGGCGGAAGAUCUGUUGUUACGGCAAUGGGCGAUGCAGGAGGGGAUCAUCCGGCAAAUGGAUGGAGAGUGGAAGUUGGCCAUUUUCUGUGACAAAUGACCGUGAUCCUUUUCGUUCUCUCCUUUCUUUCACCACCUUAUUGACUAUUCUGUUUUAAUCCCCCUUCUCCCUUUCUCUUUCUGUCUCUAUCGCUUACUUGACGACUUACGACCGAUAUCCUGUACUUCAUAUUCGGACUUAGAGGAGCACACUGUGUUUGUUUUAUUGUCUGUGUCAUCACACUUUAUACCCAUACCCAUACCCAUGCUUGGAGCAAGAGAACAUAAACUAGCUUAUCAAUGAAGAAC